AUGGGACCAUCCAACAAGAUAGAAGAGGCCCAGGAUGAGACGGCGAUCAUUGGCGAGGCGUGCAAAGCUGUGAAGCGCUUCGCCAAAGUGGCUCAAUGCAACAACGCCCAGCAGGGAGGUGGCACCCAGGCAGCGGCUUCGGGUGGCAGCACCCUGCCCAGUGGCUUCUCGGUCUUCACCACCUUCCCUGACUUGCUCUUCAUCUUUGAGUUUGUCUUCGGGGGCCUCGUGUGGAUCCUGGUGGCCUCCUCCCGAGUGCCCAUCCCCCUGAUCCAGGGCUGGGUGAUGUUUGUGUCUGUGUUCUGCUUCAUGGCCACCACUGCUCUGCUCAUCCUGUACAUAAUUAAUGCCCAUGGUGGGGAGACAUCCUGGAUCACUCUGGAUGCAGCCUACAACUGUGUGGCUGCACUGUUUUACCUCAGCGCCUCAGUCCUGGAAGCCCUGGCCACCAUCCUCACACAUGACGGUUACACCUACAAGCAGUACCAUGAAAACAUCUCAGCUGUGGUGUUUUCCUACGUAGCCACUUUGCUCUAUGUGGCCCAUGCUGUGUUCUCUUUAAUCAGAUGGAAGUCUUCAUAAAGAGGCAGAAUUGAGCUGAAAACCCAGAAUGGUGUUAACUCGUUAGCCUGCCUUCCAGCCUAACUUUCUAGGUCACAGACAUGAUCUCCACGAUGGAAAAAAGAAAACAAACCAAAAGCAAAAAAGGAAACACCACACUCUGUUUCUGCAGUAGCAUGUUUACCCUCCCACACCUUUGAGUUGGGCUUAGGGGCUUGCUGUGUUUAACCUCCAACUGCUGAGCUGUCUUUCUAGAGUCACUUCCUGUCUGUGAAAGGGGCCAGCAGGGGUUGGACAUGACCUGUGACAGAAGCAACAGUCCCCUGCUGACUCCUGGACCCAGCCUUGAAAAGCACCUUCCAGAAUGUUCCAUUUAAGGGCAUAUUUCUAAGUCUUCAUGGAUAUUCUGCAUGUCAUAGGAACUGCAACUCACUCAACAGAUGUUUCCAAAUGUCCAUGGGGGAAGCUGAUAACACUUGGAGUACUUUAUAAAGUGCCUUUAUGUUCCAUAUCUUUGUGGGGUGUUUUCUGGGUUUGGGUUUAAUUUUCCAGUAUCAUGAACACCACCCUGUCAGGUUUCUUUCCAAAGAAUCCUUUGGUUUAACCUGAAUCUCAAGAAGCAGCAUCAAGUGACAGUUUAGAUGUCAGUGUGUGUGCUCAGCCACUGCCCUCAGAGCUCCAAACAGGGCCAUCUCCAUCCCACCCUUCCAGAAAUAUCUGCUCUCUGGAAUCUCAACAAGUGCCACCCCCACCCCAAUUAAAAUUUCCUUAACCCCAAAGAAAUCCAGGUGUAGAUAUUUCCACUCACACUUUGUAAAGCUGAUCCAAAAUAUUCUGGGCCAUGUGCUCUGUCUUCCAUUCCACUUCAUGACGUGAAUAACCAGCUGGUUUGGGGAUGUCCUUGGGCCACCCCAUGAAAAAGAAAGGGAUGUGCUACAGAGUUGAAAGGAUUACAGGGAUAGAUGGUGGAUGCUGCCUUUUGAGUAUGAGAUAUCUGACUGAAAUAAGACAGAUUAUUAGGAUAAUUAGGAAGGAAGAUAAGACUUAGGAAUCUGGAAAGCCCCACUGCCCUAUUUAAAAAUGUCCCUUCAUCUCAGGGUUUAGGGAAGUGGAUGACAUUCCAGAGAUGAGACUCAACCUGCCAGCAGCCAGGACAGCAAAGAGUCAAACUUCAAGCAGAGGAUUUAACUAGUUGACUUUUUACUCGCUGUCCAACUUGCCAACUGAUCUCACAACUAAUUGGAUCUUAGUGGGGGUUUUGUUUGUUUUUUACCCUACUAGGAAUCAAACUCAGGGCCUUGACCACACUGGUGAAGUGCUUUGCCCCUGAGCCAACUCUGGAACUAAAUUAGAUCUCUGACAAAUUCAGGAGGUUCUUUGUUACUCCAGGAUCAUUGGUACCAAAACUUGGCCACUUCCAGUGAGUCCACUUAAUGCAGCCAAAAUUUCAUAGUAAAUCAAAAGCCAAAGGUUUGAUUAGGGUCUUUCUAAAAAUAUCAAACAAUAAAUUAAGAAAAGAUAGGGUGUCUGUUGUAUGUUUAACAAAAUUUGCAAUUGUUGAUUAAGGAAAUUCUUUUUCUUCAAUAAAACUGCCCCAUCCAAACUACACUAAACCAGCAAUUCUAAUGAGUCUCAU